AAUAAAGAUUUUAUUUUGAAAGUUGAUCACCGGAAGUUAUGGUUUCGCUUUGGUUAGCAUGUUACCGGUGGAGUGAGCAGGCAGAAACCACGCCGAGUUGAACUACAGAAUAAUGGAGGUAUCAAGGAGAAGAAUCCUCCAAAAACAUCUGGAGCCUGCGAGACCCCUGCGCCGCUGCCUCCAUGUCGACAUCGAGCCCAAUAUAAAUGCUGCUACAUGCAUGCGAGCACUGAUGGAGGAAAUGGAUCAAGAGACAAAUGUUGGCAUAGAGCAGUUCUACAAGAUUGUCAACCUGCACAAACAGAAAAAUGGCAGAAUAUCUUACUCAAGAGAUUUUUUAAUUGGUCUGGCGAACUGUCCAGAGGCCAGGAAGAAACCGGAAUUCUUGCCGGAGCACCCAAUAGUAUUAACUGAGGCAAGAGAUCUUGGGCAACUGAGACUUCAUGAAAUGAGGAUUGAUGUGGGGAAAGAAAUGAUGACAGAAAGGCUUCCAUCACCUUAAGACAUUUGCACAGGUGUUCCCUUCCCCAAAGAGUGUUUCUGUUACUUCUUCUUUUUGGUUUUCUUGGUGAAUUUAAUUUAACGUGUGGUAUUUUAAUUUGCAUGUUUACUAUUUUCAUAACAGUUUGAGGUGAAGUUGCACAAAAUUCUAAGACUAAACAUUUUUUUGUGUGUGGGUUUGCUUAGAUUUCCUGCUGUGUACAUUUUGGCUAUAGUGAAGUAUUUAUAUUUUGUAAAAAUGUUCUAAACUCAACUUGUGAAUGGCUACAUUUAAGGGUAGAGAAAAAAAGGCAUUCAAUGCCGACUCAUUAUCACUCGUCAUAUUAGUCAUAAAACAAACCCUACCUGAAAUGACAGUGAUGUCAUCAGCUGUAUUAGCUGGGGUUACAUUAGCAUUAUAAUUUAACAUGUUUGACUAAACAUGCUGACUUCUCUUUAUAAAGGACAGUUUGGUUCAAAA